GAAGAAGAAUUUACUGCGCAGAAGGAUGCGCAGUCGUUUCCUCAAUCAAUGAUGGAGUCGAAUGUUUUGAUGGAGUCUAGGGAUUAAAAUAGAUCCGCUUUUGUGGCAAAAAAUACAUAGAUGCAGCAUCAACCGCUGUUGUGUUAUGUGUAAUUUCAGAAUUGAGGAGUAUUUUAUUUGACUAGGUCAGAAAGGACUGGUUAGCCUACAUCGUACGCUAUCGGCCAAGCUAACAUUAGCUUGUGAAGUUGGGACAACCCCUUCAUUUAAUGAGCUCGCUGUGAGGCCCUUUUUAAGCUGUUCUUUUUUCAUCAAACUGUAGCCCCACCUGGAAUAAUUAGAUUACCCAGUUGGCAAAGAUUACCCUACCUUUAAUUGAAGUAAGCUCGUCGGAAAGUGUCAGCACCGCAUCUUGAGACCAAAUCAAGGAGAAGUUGUAAUCGAUGUCCACGAGUCACAGCAGAUCAGCAGUCUUUGAUAACAUCAGAAAACAUGUCUUUGGUCGCAUAUGGCAGCAGUGAUGAGAGUGAUUCAGAAGGAACUCCGACAUCUGCCGCAGCGGUGAGCAAAGUUAGUGCAGGUGGGCUCUUCUCUGUCCUGCCUGCUCCCAAAAAGAAAGGCUCAGCAGGAGGAAACUAUGGACCGAGCAGGGAGACAAGAGAGAAGCCUUCUGCAGGGGACAAAACGUCAAACGAUGACCCAGAUCCUCAGCCUUCUAGAGGAGGGUUAUUUGCUAGUCUGCCCAGGCCGAGGAAACGAACAGAGCCCGUCAAGAUCACUGCACCAGAAAUCCAGAGGCGGGAUUCAGACUCGGAUGAUGAGGAACCAACAAAGAAGAAACCACUGCAUCAGGGUGGAGGUUCAGGCCUGUCCUCCAUACUACCUCAACCCAAAAACCUGAUAGUGAAGGAGACCGAUAGAAUCCUGAUUCCUCACACACUUACCAAGCGCCAAGAACCCAAAAUACCCAAGGCUGGGACGCCGACGCAGGGUCUGCUCAACUCCAGUGCAUCCCCCUCUGCUAUCAAAGCUGCAGCAAAGUCAGCCGCCCUGCAGCUGGCUCGACAGAUAGCCACAGACGAACAAGAUAACGAAGAGGAAAUAACCCCACAGAACUACUUUUCUCUGGGAGAGAGCACCCCAUCUCUCCCUGCAGUUGUCCCUAGCUUAGACCCUGAGCCAGGAGCGCCCACAGAGCCUCUUCCUUUGGCACCCUUAGAUGAACCCGGUCAGUCUGAUGCUCCUCUCGACUUUGGGGGAAGCAGUGAGGGAGCUGGUUCAUGGGGCAGUCAGUAUCCUCAAUAUCAGCCCAUGACAGGCCCAGAAGCUCUCCCUGAGGGUUAUUAUAAUGAGCCAUACUACCAAGAGCCUAACUCUGAGCUGGCUGAAGCUGAAGAGCCAGGCCAGUCUGCCAUGUUUGAUGAUGAAGCGUUUAUGCGACUUCAAGGUAAGCGAAACAGAGGGAAAGAGGAGGUGAAGUUCCUGGAGAUCAAAGGUGACGACCAGCUGAGUGGAAACCAGCAGUGGAUGACAAAGAGCAUAUCAGAGGAGAAGCAGAUGCGUCAGUCUUUCAGCAAGAAAAAAGGAGAACAGCCUACAGGGCAACAGAGGCGCAAGCAUCAGAUAACAUAUCUCAUUCAUCAGGCAAAGGAACGCGAGUUGGAGCUGAAGAAUAACUGGGCAGAUAACAAGCUAACCCGCAGGCAGACACAGGCCAAAUACGGUUUCUAAAUGUCAUACUGUGGACUCUUUGAGACAAUGAAACCCUGCAUCCGAAAGUAGAGUAGAGUUUUCCAGAUUUUUCCAGAGUUAUGGGAAACUUGUGUUUAGGAAGAAACUACACACAUUAACACAGAUCUCUCCCUCUUGACCCUCUUCCCAUUGUACUUGUGUUGAAAUGUUUGAACUCAGUUGCUCUUUUGGUCCGUUCUUUCAUGAGGUGUAAAACUUCCUCUCAAAGUAAAUAUAGGCGCUGUACCUACAUAACAAUGUCAUGUAGUGUUUUAAAGGUACCUGUGACCAGAGAUGAUGUAAUGUGACCUUGAAGUUGCCAUUAUCAAUGUUUUCCUUUUGAAUGUGUAUGCUUUCUUCUCAUACAGCAAACUUUGAUAAAUGAGUCUUCAUCUUGUGUUAAAUGACAAUUUUAAAAAUCAUGUUUGGUUCUCCAGCAGUUACACAGUUAAACAUUCAUGAAAUAUUCCUGUUCACAGUGAGAAAUAAACUGGAGUCAUUAUAUAUUUAUACCCUGAAUUAACAGUUUUGAAAUAAAAGAGAAAGAGAAUGCUGCGGGUGAUCCAUACGACUCAAUAAAUGAGGUUCUAAAAGUUC